GAGUCAGGUCCUGAGGCCAAGGAGCUGAGCUGCUUGGGGCCGUAGUCCUGAAACUUCCUCCUAGUCCUCCUGCUGCUCCCAGGUCCCGUCGCAGCCCCUCGCCUGCCCGCGGCCCUCCCGUCCCCCUCCCUCUCCCUCUCGCCGGAAGGCGCCGUUGAGUGCGGCCGGGCGGGUUGAGUCAGCCCCGGGGCCCAGGCGGUUCCGCCAAUGGGGCUGGACAGCGAUUUCAGCGCUCGGGCGGUUCCAUCGUCGCGGCCCUCCGCGCCCGGCCACCUUGCUGCCGGAGUUGGCGGGGCUGGGGCUCGCGUCCCGCGGGGCGCCGUGGGGGAGUGAGUUCGCAAACUUCCGGGGCGCGAGGGGGCGGUCGGCGCGCGUGGGGGCCCCCUCAGGCGCUCGGGGCCGGACGCCUCCGGAGGGCGCCCGCGGAGCCUCCCCGGCCCUCCGCGGAGGGCGAGCUCAGGGACGGUGAGAGGAGCCGGGACGCCAGCGACGCGAAUACAGUUAUGGCAACCCAGGUAAUGGGGCAGUCAUCUGGAGGAGGAGGACUGUUCAACGGCAGUGGCAAUAUUGGCAUGGCCUUGCCUAAUGACAUGUAUGACUUGCAUGACCUCUCCAAAGCUGAACUGGCUGCGCCUCAGCUUAUCAUGUUAGCAAAUGUGGCAUUAACAGGGGAAGUAAAUGGCAGCUGCUGUGAUUACCUGGUUGGCGAAGAAAGACAGAUGGCAGAAUUGAUGCCAGUUGGGGAUAACAACUUUUCGGAUAGUGAUGGAGAAGGACUUGAGGAGUCACCUGAAAUAAAAGGUGAACCCAAUGGACUGGAAAACAUGGGACUGGAAAGUUUGGAACUCAGUGUUGCAGAACCACAGCCUGUGUUUGAGGUUUCAGCUGCCCCAGAAAUUUACAACUCGAAUAAAGAUCUUCCUCCUGAAACACCCGGAACAGAGGACAAAUGCAAGAACUUGAAGACCAAACCCUUUCGCUGUAAGCCAUGCCAGUAUGAAGCAGAAUCUGAAGAACAGUUUGUGCAUCACAUCAGAGUUCAUAGUGCCAAGAAAUUUUUUGUGGAAGAAAGUGCAGAGAAGCAAGCAAAAGCCAGGGAAUCUGGCUCUUCCACUGCAGAAGAGGGAGAUUUCUCCAAGGGCCCCAUUCGCUGUGACCGCUGUGGCUACAAUACCAAUCGAUAUGAUCACUAUACUGCUCACCUGAAACACCACACCAGAGCUGGGGAUAAUGAGCGAGUCUACAAGUGCAUCAUUUGCACAUACACCACAGUAAGCGAAUAUCACUGGAGAAAACACUUGCGAAACCAUUUUCCGAGGAAAGUAUACACAUGUGGAAAAUGCAACUAUUUUUCAGACAGAAAGAACAAUUAUGUUCAGCAUGUUCGAACUCAUACAGGAGAACGCCCAUAUAAAUGUGAACUUUGUCCUUACUCAAGUUCUCAGAAGACUCAUCUAACUAGACAUAUGCGUACUCAUUCAGGUGAGAAGCCAUUUAAAUGUGAUCAGUGCAGUUAUGUGGCCUCUAAUCAACAUGAAGUAACCCGCCAUGCAAGACAGGUUCACAAUGGGCCUAAACCUCUUAACUGCCCACACUGUGACUAUAAAACAGCAGAUAGAAGUAACUUCAAAAAACACGUAGAGCUACAUGUUAAUCCACGGCAGUUCAAUUGUCCUGUAUGCGACUAUGCAGCUUCCAAGAAGUGUAAUCUUCAGUAUCAUUUCAAAUCUAAGCAUCCUACAUGUCCUAAUAAAACAAUGGAUGUCUCAAAAGUGAAACUAAAGAAAACCAAAAAGCGAGAGGCCGAUUUGCCUGAUAACAAUAAUACCAAUGAAAAAACAGAAACAGAGCAGACAAAAAUAAAGGGGGAUGUGGCUGGAAAGAAGAAUGAGAAGUCUGUAAAAGUGGAGAAAAAAGAUAAUGUUUCAAAAGAGAAAAAGCCUUGUAUUAAUGCUUCAAUCCAAGUGACUACCAGAACGCGCAAAUCAGCAAUGGAAACUAAAGAGAUGGAUGUGCAUACUGGAAAUAAUUCAGAAAAAACCUGCAAAACCAAGAAAAGCAAAAGGAAGAUGGAAACUGAAGCCCAUUCCUUACAAGAUCCUAUUAAUGAUGAGGAACCUGUGACAAAAAAGAAAAAGAAGACAGAAAGCAAAUCCAAAAAUAGUCAGGAAAUGCCAAAGGGUGAAAACAAAGUAGAGGAGAAUAAAAAGCAAAAUGCUUGCAUGAAAAAAAGUACAAAGAAGAAAACCCUGAAAAAUAAAUCAAGUAAAAAGAGCAGCAAACCUGCUCAGGAGGAGCCUGCUCAGAGGGAGCCUGCUCAGAGGGAGCGUGCUCACGGGGAGCCUGCUCAGGGGGAGCCUGCUCAGGGAGAGCCUGCUCAGACAGAGCCGCCUCAGACAGAGCUUCCGCCUCCCAUGGAGCCUCCUCAGGUGGGGCCUGUUCAGACAGAGCCUCCUCCCAUGGAGCUUGUUCAGAAGGAGCCUGUGGAGAUGGAGGAGCCUCCUGCUGUGGAGCCUCCUCCUCCUCCUCCUAUGGAGCCGCCUUUUCACGUGGAACCGAUUCCCAAAAAGUCUCCUCGAAAAGAUAAUAAAAAGGAAAAGUCUAACAUGAAUGAAAUGGCACGGAAGGAGCAAGUCCUUAUUGAAGUUGGCUUAGUGCCUGUUAAAGACAGCCAACUUCUAAAGGAAAAUGCAGGUGCACAGGAUCUCUUAGCUCCAUCAUCACCGCUGCCAAAGGAAAACUUAAAAGAAGAGGAAUCAAAAGACCAAAAAUUAUUCACCCAAGGCGAAGAAAAUAAAGAAGCUCCUCUUCAAAAAGUAGAAGCAGAAGGGGCAGAUAAGAGUCUAGUUGGUCCUGCUCCAGUUAUCAAGGAAUCUGCCAAUAUUUCAUCCUCUGAACAAAACUUGAAUAUGCCAGAGGGUGAAACUUUAGAUGGUGAACAUCAGGCUGACACUAGGCUUUGUGGAAUGGAUGUGGAUACUGAUGAAAACAAAACAGAGAAUCCCCCUGGUAAAGACUCAGCAGUUGAAGAACCAGUUUUGCCCCUGCUUCUUCCCCUACCAAUAGAAAAAGGUGAAGCAGUGUCCAAAACUGCUGUGGCAUCAUCUCCUGUUACCAUGGCAAUACAUGAGUCUCAGGAAAUGGAUGAAGAUGAAGGCAUCCACAGUCAUGAUGGAAGUGACCUAAGUGACAACAUGUCAGAGGGUAGUGAUGAUUCUGGAUUGAAUGGGGCUCGGCCGAUUCCACAAGGAACUAGUAGAAAAAAUGCAAAGGAAGCCUUGGUAGUCAAAGUGGCUGAGGGGGAUUUUGUUUGUAUCUUUUGUGAUCGUUCUUUUAGAAAGGAAAAAGAUUACAGCAAACACCUCAAUCGCCAUUUGGUUAAUGUAUACUUCCUUGAAAAAGCAGCUAAAGGGCAGGAGUAAUUAAACUUUGGAAAAGGCUUCAGUUCUUAGUUUGUAAGGUUGCUUACAUUUUAUAUUCAUUUAUAGUAGUAGACAACCUUUUAUUUUAAAAAUUGCUUUAAUUAGUGUCCGAUGUUGAUUUUUAAGUAGCACUCUUUUCCUUAGGACUCUAUAAGUAUUGUAUAAAUUUUAGCAAAUCCAAGGGAGUUAGUGUACUAAACCAGCAGACAGCUAAAUCUGUUAGCUUAUGCAUUUAAUUGAAACAAGGAGGCCAAGGUGGUAUUAUAGCAGUCUAUUGCUUUGUCUAGCUAUAACUUGUCAGUUUUCCCCCCAUGUCUGUCUUCCUGUUUGAGUUUAGUUUAUUCUUAGUCCUCGUGUAGCUCUAUAAAAAUUGGCAUACUUAAAUAGCAAAUUACUUGAAGAAUUUGCCUGCUUUAUAUAAAGUUAGCACUUUAAAAUUUUUUUAGAUAUGAGAAGAGACAUUUAAAUUGAAGAAAAACUCUCCCAACAAUGGACAUUGUUUCAGUCCAGGUAUUUACUUCCUGAGUUUUGAUCAAUAUUUCUUAUUUGUGUAUGUUAAUCGUCAUAAAAACAAUGAUUUUGGUGUGUUUUUUUAUUUUGGUGCUUUAAUGGCUUAAGAUGUUGCACAUUGUUUUUUUGUGUUUUUUUUUAACCUAUGCAGUUAAAUUUUUCUAGAAAUAGCAUUUGUGUUGAACAGUAACACUUUAUACAUAUAUAUGCAUGUUUAUUUUGUCCUCUUUGGAGGGAUGCUUUUAGUCUCGUUUGCAAAAGGGCAGUUUUCUUUUUCCUGUGCUGCAAUUGUCUUUUUUGCAGAAUAUUAGUGUGUGAAAGUUUGUGAGCAAAUGAAACAUGCAGGUUCAAUUCAUUGAUUUUGAUUUUCACAUCUUAUAUCUAUGCCAGAAUCUGUAUUUCAUGUUAUUUAUUUUAAAUGGAUGUAGUAAAUUCACAGCUCUCAGUUUGCAGAUAAAUAAACCACUAGGCUCUAUAUGGAAUGGAUUUUUAUCUCAAAUACCAACCAUCAGUAAAAUUAUUUUGGCCUGUUUUAGUAUAGCUAUUUCUUAAAUGUACAGUCAUAUCUUUGAGGAAAAGAGCUGUAUAAGUGAUAUUUCGACACUGCAAACCUGGAAUUAGAACUUAGUUACUCCUUUAAGCUAUACAGAAGAUCAGUCGUGAGAUUCCAAAGCCGUAGCAGUUAUAUGGAAAGCCUAGGAUGAGAACGACAGUACUGAGUGCUGGAAGACCAGCUGCUACUUCCUAUGAAUACAGUGAAAAAGGCUGGCGAAACUUAAAUACAGUCCAGAUUUUAAAAGCACACUUUCUCAGGGAUCUCCACAAACUAGUGGGUUUCCUGGCUGUCCCUGUGACAGCCUCUUUCUACAGGUGAGGCCUCAAAUGAAUUGCAGCUAUUAUCCUGGUGUUCCUAUGUGGACACUUUGUAUGAAAAAGAGUGUGGACGCCCAAACUAUUUUGGUAGGUCCUUUUGGCCAGAUGCCAAAAAUAUGAAAGAAUCCAACAUAGGAUUUUUUUUUGCUGAUAGUAGUUAUUCAUUGCAGUAAAAAUAAAGUGUGAUCCCAAUAGGGAAUCUUUUGAACAAUUUCCUAUUUUCUAUUCUGAAAUAACCACUUUAUAUGUCAUUGAUUUUCUUUUAUCUGGUGAUCUCUUUGAGGCGCAGGUUUCAGAAUUUGGCAGUGCAACAUGAAAAAGAUUAGGAAAAGCGUUGAUGAAGUGUGGGUGGAAAACUUGUUAAAAAUCUGAGAGUGAAGUUUAAGUUAAAAGACAUUUGAACUUUGAAUUGACUGGGAGACCAAAGAUUCAAAGAAGAUUCUCUCAAGACAUGAGGAGUAAGUUGUGUGUUCAUGGGGUGUGUUUUGUGUGCAUGAAUGGGAAUUUGUAAUUGUUGAAUUCUAGGCUCCGACAAUCAUUGUCAACAGAAGAUCAAGCUGCAGAUAUUUAUGUUUUAAAAUUUAAAUUAUAAAGCUAGUUAAAUCUUUCUAACAACUAGUUUUAAUGUUCAUGGGUACAUAUUAUGUAAGUUAUCUUUUACAUUAUAUAUGAAAAGAUUCAUGUUAAGUACCAAUUGGAGAUUGUGAAUCAGUUUUGGGGAAGAGGUUUUUGAGGAUUCUUUCAUACUACAAAAGAAAAAAAUUGACUUCUGGGGAAUUGGACUGAUUUUCUUAUCUAGUAUUUUAAGACUAGAAUGCUAAAAACAAAAAUAUGAAGGAAAUUAAAACCCCUUAUUAAAUUGAUCUGUGAAAACAUUGUUACUGGAAAUUGAGUAAGACUUGAGGCGUUUCUUCCAGAAAACAAGGACUUGAUUGUCAGGCCUAUAUUAGGUUCUGAACCUUAAUGCCAUGUAUUUGUACUUAUUAAAAAUUGUUUCAAUGAAAAGCAUAUUAAUAAUAGGAACUCCUGGUCUGGUUGGGAGUUCUUCCAUUUGAAAAAAUGUGAUAUUUGCAUGGAACUGUUUGAAUCUUUUUGUUUUCUCAGUUUCCCUUCCACUGGAUAGAAUUAAAGCUAGAAUUUUCCCUUUUGAUAAAGGAAUAAAAAAUGAACAUGUUAUUUGUAAAUUGAUGUUUAGUAACUAGAGAUAAACUUGAAAUACUAGAAUAUGUUAUAAGCCUAAUCAUAGGUAGUCUUAUCAAAAUGUAUCUCUUAACUAUCAUUUGAACCUAUAUUUACAUUGUUUUUCAAGAUACUUUAAGUUAUAUUUUUUCCUCUUUUCUGAGCUGCUUUGGGGCUACUUUUUUAAAAAAUUGAAGUGUAAUGCAUAAGGGGCUACAUUUUUUGGAUAAAGUUUCUUAUAACUGGCCUCUUUUCAGAGCUGCUUCUUUGGGGCUUUUUUUUUUUUAAUUCAAGCGUAAUUCACAAGGAGUAAGUUUUUUUUUUUUUUGAAUACGGCUUCUUAAAACUAUGGCUGGAUGUUUUGCUCUAGUCUUCCAAGAAGGGCCAUUUUAUUUUUCAGUCACUUCUGAAGUCAUGUGGCCUUGUACUUUGGGGACUAUUUUGCAUAUGAGCGCUAAUACAUACUUAAACCCAAGUAGACCUCAUCACAUGUCACACCAUGAAUGUUGACAAUGGAAGGACUACUUGUAGUAUAAUUAAUAUCAGUUCUGGACUGAAAAGCUGGGGAAGAAACGUAAUUUUUUUUUCUUUUUGCGUAAACGGAAAAGCAGCUAGUGUGGUGUUUCCUUGUUGACCUCAGCAGAUGAACUGAACUGAUAGUGUUCAUUCAGAUUCAGGAAAUUAUCUGAAUCUUGGUUUGUGUAGAUUUGCAAUCUACAUGCAAUGUUAACUAAAUCAGAUAACUUUUACAGUUUCACAUGUGUACAUAGGCUCUCCCCACCUUUUUCAGCAUAUACUAUACUAGUUAUUGAACUUUGUAAACUGGCAUUGAAACAUUGCAAGAACGUUUUGUUACGCCAAUUUUAUAAUUUUACAGUGCAAUACGUGUUAUUUUUCAGAGACAAACCAAAGGUUAAUUUCUCAAGGUUCUUGCUACCUGCUUUAGCAGCAUUUGGUGGAGGAUCUUUUAUAUACAUUUGUAAUAGAUGAAAAAAUAAACCAGAUUGCAAAUCUUUUUUUUUUUUUUAAUGCUUAAGCCAUGUACCAAGAUUUUGGUCCAAAUUGUGUAGAAUAAGUUAAACUUAAAUUGCAUUCUAUUAACCAAUAUGAGUGUAUUUCUGUAAGCAUAGUUAUGUUGAAAUAAAGUUUUAAAAAGCA